GAUGGAGUUGAGUGUAAAGUUCAGAUCAGAGCAGUUAUUUGAUCACAUUCAUCACAUUUCCUUCAGAUAACACUUGAGAAAACUUUGGUCUGUGUUUUGUUCGCUGUUCAGCAGCAGAAUCACUUCACAGACGUUCAGCAGCUUCAUGACGAUCAUUUCCAGCCUUCACAAGCAGGUGGCGCUCUGCUAUGAAUCAGCUCAAGGACAGUGAAGAGGAAGCUCCGCCCUCUAAAACCACUCUGUGUGAGGAACAUGAGGGUCAGAGGUGAGAUGAGGAUCUCAUGGAUCAUGUCACAGCUCAGUGUUUUAUUUACACAUCAUGUGUUUGUAGGAGGAUCCAUCAACAGAGACCAGACUCUGCUGGACCUGGACCUGGACCCAGCUGUGUGUCCAUGAAGAGUGACCGGUCCAUGAAUGAACCUGUGAACUUCAAACAAGAACAGAGGAGGAUCCAUCAACAGGGACCAGACUCUGCCGGACCUGGACCCAGCUGUGUGUCCAUGAAGAGUGACCAGUCUAUAGAUUGUUAUAUUGACUUCAAGGAUGGACAAAAACAUGGUGAACUGAUAGUUGAUCAGCAGAGGACAGAGGUUCUCAGUGGUCAGUCUGUCCAGCAGCAUGGAGCAGACCUGGACUCCAUUUUUAAGCUGCUGGAGGAGAACAUCAUCUGCUUUGUGAAGAACGAGCUGAAGAAGAUCCACAAGGUUCUGGAUACAAAUCACACAGAAGUCUCAGAGAGUCAGAGGGAGGAUGAGGAGCAGAGGAGUAGCAGAGAGGCCUUUCUGAAGAUCACAGACGACUUCUUAAGGAGGAUGAAGCAGGAGAAGCUAGCUGACAAAAUCAGAGCUCCAGCUUGUCGACGUGAACUCAAAUCAAACCUAAAGAAGAAGUUCCAGUGUUUGUUUGAGGGUGUGGCUAAAGCAGGAAACCCCACCCUUCUGAAUGAGAUCUUCACAGAGCUCUACAUCACAGAGGGAGGGACUGGAGAGGUCAAUGAAGAACAUGAGGUCAGACAGAUUGAAAGAGCUUCCUGGAAACCAGACAGACCAGAAACAUCCAUCAGACAAGAAGACAUCUUCAAAGCCUCAGCUGGAAGAGACGGACCAAUCAGAAGAGUGAUGACAAAGGGCGUGGCUGGCAUUGGGAAAACAGUGUUCACACAGAAGUUCACUCUGGACUGGGCUGAAGACAAAAGCAACCAGGACAUACAGUUCAUGUUUCCCUUCACCUUCAGAGAGCUGAAUGUGCUGAAAGAGAAGAAGUUCAGUUUGGUGGAACUCAUCCAUCAAUUCUUCACUGAAACCAAAGAAGCAGGCAUCUGCAGGUUUGAAGACUUUAAGGUGGUCUUCAUCUUUGAUGGUCUGGACGAGUGUCGACUUCCUCUGGACUUCCACAACACUGAGAUCCUGACUGACGUCACAGCGUCCACCUCAGUGGACGUGCUGCUGACAAACCUCAUCAGGGGGAAACUGCUUCCCUCUGCUCGCCUCUGGAUAACCACACGACCUGCAGCAGCCAGUCAGAUCCCUCCUGACUGUGUGGACAUGGUGACAGAGGUCAGAGGGUUCACGGACCCACAGAAGGAGGACUACUUCAGGAAGAGGUUCAGAGAUGAGGAGCAGGCCAGGAGGAUCAUCUUCCACAUCCAGACAUCACAAAGCCUCCACAUCAUGUGCCACAUCCCGGUCUUCUGCUGGAUCACUGCAAAGGUUCUGGAAAACAUGCUGAAAACCAGAGAUGGAGGAGAACUGCCCAAGACCCUGACUGAGAUGUACAUCCACUUCCUGGUGGUUCAGUCCAAAGUGAAGAAGGUCAAAUAUGAUGGAGGAGCUGAGACAGAUCCACACUGGACUCCAGAGAACAGGAAGAUGAUUGAGUCUCUGGGGAAACUGGCUUUUGAGCAGCUGCAGAAAGGAAACCUGAUCUUCUAUGAAUCAGACCUGACAGAGUGUGGCAUCGAUAUCACAGCAGCUUCAGUUUACUCAGGAGUCUUUACUCAGAUCUUUAAAGAGGAGAGAGGCCUGUACCAGGACAAGGUCUUCUGCUUUGUCCAUCUGAGUGUUCAGGAGUUUCUGGCUGCUCUUCAUGUUCAUCUGACCUUCAUCACCUCUGGAACAAAUCUGUUGUCAAAACCAACAAUUAGCCAGUUGACCAGACUGUUUAGAAAAAAACCUGAACUGAAUCAUCUGCACCAGAGUGCUGUGGACGAGGCCUUACUGAGUCCAAAUGGACACCUGGACUUGUCCCUCCGUUUCCUCCUGGGUCUUUCACUGGAGACCAAUCAGAAGUUCUUAAGAGGUCUACUGACACAAACAGGAAGUGGUUCACAGACCAAUCAGGAAACAGUUGAGUACAUCAAGAAGAAGAUCAGUACGAAUCUGUCAGCAGAGAGAAGCAUCAACCUGUUCCACUGUCUGAAUGAACUGAACCAUCGUUCUCUUGUGGGGGAGAUCCAAUGGUUCCUGAGAUCAGGACGCCUGUCCACAGAGACACUGUCUCCUGCUCAGUGGUCAGCUCUGGUCUUCAUCUUACUGUCAUCAGGAAAAGAUCUGGAAGAGUUUGACCUGAAGAAAUACUCUGCUUCAGAGGAGGCUCUUCUGAAGCUGCUGCCGGUGGUCAAAGCCUCGAACAACUGUAAACUCUCAGAGAGAAGCUGUGAAGCUCUGUCCUCAGUCCUCAGCUCUGUGUCCUCUAGUCUGAGACACGUGGACCUGAGUAACAAUGACUUGCAGGAUCAAGGAGUGAAGCUGCUGUGUGAUGGACUGAAGAGUCCUCACUGUUCUCUGGAGACUCUCAGUCUGUCAGGUUGUCUGGUCUCAGAGGAAGGAUGUUCUUCUCUGACCUCAGCUCUGAACUCCAACCCCUCCCAUCUGAGAGAACUGGACCUGAGCUACAAUCAUCCAGGAGACUCAGCAGAGAAGCUGCUGUCUGCUGGACUGAAGAGUCCUCACUGGAGACUGGACACU